CAAUCAAAGUUGUUGAAAGUCACCAGUAGGACCACUUCGGCGAAAUCCCUUGGCCGACUUGCUAGUCAAUCAAACCAACCAAUAGUUUCCUCAUUUGUAAAUUGUAGCCCGUGACAACUAUCUGAAAGUCUAGUGUUCUGCUUCCUAAUUCCGUUUGGUGUGUUGCAGUUUUUGUACUUAGUAGUUUGAGCCGCUGACUGAACGUUGGUUCUCCCUUGCGACAAACCGGCGAACAACCAACAGCUGACGGAACACUUGAGCCUGCUGCUCCAGUCCCAACUGUUCUUUCUUUGUCUCUUCUCUACCAACAAGUUAGCCACAGCCGCCAAUCCCCAGUUGUGUUUACUGACACUGUCUCACAGUCUGAUUUUAACCGACUGACAAGAUUCAACUACACCAAAAUAGGCGGCUUUGGAACCAAGAUGUCCAACCGAGUGGUGUGCAGAGAAGCAAGUCACGCCGGGAGCUGGUACUCUGCUUCGGGAGCCCAGCUGAAUGCACAAUUAGAGGGCUGGCUGUCCCAAGCACAGUCUGCAAUCAAACCCGCCAGAGCCAUCAUAGCUCCGCAUGCAGGGUAUACCUACUGUGGUGCUUGUGCCGCGCAUGCCUACAAGCAGGUUGACCCUUCUGUUACUCGUAGGGUGUUCAUCCUGGGACCCUCUCACCAUGUGCCCCUUUCCCGCUGUGCCCUAUCAUCAGCAGAUGUCUAUAGAACACCUUUGUAUGACCUGAGAAUCGACCAGAAGGUUUAUAGUGACCUCUGGAAAACAGGGUUGUUUGAGAGGAUGAGCAUGCAGACAGACGAAGACGAGCACAGUAUUGAAAUGCACUUGCCUUAUACUGCUAAAGCCAUGGAAAGCCACAAAGAUGAAUUUAGCAUCGUCCCGGUGCUUGUGGGCGCACUGAGCGAGUCCAAGGAACAAGAGUACGGGAAGCUGCUCAGCAAGUACCUGGUAGACCCUUCCAACCUUUUCAUCAUCUCAUCAGACUUCUGCCACUGGGGUCAGCGGUUCCGAUACACAUACUACGAUGAAUCGCAAGGGGAAAUCUACAGGUCAAUUGAGCAUCUUGAUAAAAUGGGAAUGGGCAUUAUAGAACAGUUGGAUCCAAUGUCUUUUACCAACUACUUGAAAAAGUACCGCAAUACCAUCUGUGGGCGUCAUCCGAUUGGAGUGCUACUAAAUGCUGUAGCUGAGCUGAGGAAGAGCGGUAUUGACAUGAACUUCAGUUUUCUGAACUACGCUCAGUCGAGUGAGUGCAGAAACUGGCAGGACAGCUCCGUUAGUUACGCUGCGGGAGCGCUCAUCGUUCAUUGAGGUCGACGAUCGCAGGGGUCACUGCAGCAUCGCAGCCCUGCCAUUGAUUAUCUAGCACCAUAAUCUGACCUAUACACUAGAGGCUGACAUAAGAGUGGAUUUUGACUCCCGCUCCCUUCCACUCCCAGAGAGUUUAGUCCCAAUCCUAUGUCGAAAUUUUACAGAAUCCCACUCACAUCCUUUUUUGCCCCCUUUUUAUUUCAAUCCUGUUCUGUAUUCUGUUUUUAUUAAUAUCUUGAAAGUGAUCGGGAAUGGAUGGGAGCAUGUUUUCAACUCCCGUCAUGGUUUCCACUCCCGGUGACGUUCGCUCCCGCUCUUUCCCAGUCCUGUGACAUUAAAUAAUAGUGAAAUUCCCUCCCAUCCUGCAGGACCCACAGGACCUGGUGGGAAUCCCCCAAAAAUGUCUGCCUCAACUAUUACACGCUCCCCCCUACCUUAGCGCCCCCCCGCCACCCAACCAUCGCCUUCUUUUUGCAAGAAGGACCUAGCCACGUCAAGCCAAUAGUCCCCUACUCUUUUUCACCCUCCCACCUCUCAUGUCUUUUUCCACUCUCCUCCAAGUUUGCUGUCAGUCUCAGAGCUUCAGGUGGAAUAUUUCAGUUUAAAGUGAAUUUUUGAGAUGAGGUCGGUGGAAAAACUUUGGACGAGCUGUUAGGGUUUAACAUUAUGGCUUGGAGUUAAUGUAGGGAUAUUAUUUGGGCUCUUGCAAGGGCCAUAGUCGCUCCAUGUCCCUUUUAUGACCUCAUCAUGGAUUUUGAGUUGUGAUAAGCAAGCUAUAUAACUUGGUGGUUUGUGCUCAUGUAAUCUUCCUCAGAAAAGGAAUGAAAAUAAAUCUGCAGAUCAUCAUGGAAAUCAAAAAUAUUUACAUGUUGCAGGACUAAAGCUAAACAAGUGUUUUUAAUUGCUGCUUCAAGCAACAUGUAACUAUGAUACCAGUUUCAUGGAUAAUAACUACUCGACUGUGUGUUGGAAUUUCUAACAAAAGGGCUGCAUUCAGUUGCGUUCACUAACCCCCUGCUUUACAAAACCAAAACCAGUUAUAGCUCACAAUACUUAAACAUAUUUUAAUCACAUUUUUAAAAUCUUAUUUAUCCCUUAGCUAGUUUUAGUUGGUGUGGUUAUUUACUGAGUACAGUGUGGAUUUGGACACAAGCAGUGUUGUCACAGAUGCUUUAUAGUCAUCAACAUAAUUUACCCUAGUAAACUAGUGGCACAAAAAAGCUAAGAAGUUCCAAUAAUAUGUUGUAACUUGUCCUUUUAUCGAUACGAAUUCCGACGAGCGUGCAUUACCCCAAAGUAACCGAAACUGCAAAUUGCCAGACCUUUCCUGCUGUGAAAAAUGUACCCCCACCACCACACCGCUCACCGCCCCCCCCCUCCACCAACACACAGAUUUACUGUAGGAACCUGUAGCAUGUCACCAGCAUUUAUUUUGUUUUGACACGAAGUUCCAAAUCUGGAAUCAUGAAUGAUUACAUUUGACCACAGAAUAGUAUCGAUUUUUUUAAAUUUAUUAUUAUUAUUUUUUAAUCUGCACAAAGCCGUAAUGCUUUGCUGUAGUUGGAAUUUAGCAGUUUUGACCUUUAUAACUGCUAAAUGAAAUGUACAUCAUAAUGAGGGUGUUAAGUACAUACAAAAACUGAAUGCCAGCAGUUGAAUUAUGAAUUAUGGACUAAUGGCAAUAUACAGUGGUGUGAAAGUGUUUGUCCCAUUCGUGAUUUAUUUAUUUAUUUAUUUAUUUUUGCAUGUUGGUCACACUUAAAUGUUUCCCAUCAUCAACCACAUUUAAAUAGUCAAAGACAAGACAAGUAAACACAAAAUGCAGUUUUUAAACAAAGGUUUUUAUUAAGGGAGAAAAAAAUCCAAACCUACGAGGCCCUGUAUGAAAAAGUGAUUGACCCCCUAAACGGAAUAACUAUAAUAAUAAUAAGGGGCCACCCUUAGCAGCAACAACUGCAAUCAAUUGUUUGCAACAACUUGCAAUGAGUCCCUUACAGUGCUGUGGAGGAAUUUUGGUCCACGCAUUUUUGCAGAGAUGUUGUAAUUCAGCCACAUUGGAGGGUUUUUGAGCAUGAACCGCCUUUAUAAGGUCAUGCCACAGCAUCACAAUAGGAUUCAGGUCAAGACUUUGACUAGGCCACUCCAAAGUCUUCAUUUUGUUUUUGUUCAGUCAUUCAGAGGUGGACUUGCUGGUGUGUUUUGAAUCAUUGUCCUGCUGCAGAACCCAAGUUUGUUUCAGCUUGAGGUCACAAAUAGAUGGCCGGACAUUCUCCCUCAGGAUUUUUUGGUAUACUGCAGAAUUCAUGGUUCUAUUUAUCACAGAAAGCUGUACAGGUCCUGAAGUACCAAAAGAGCCCCAGACCAUCACACUACCAUCACCAUAUUUAAUGUUGGUAUGAUGUUCUUUUUCUGUACCGCGGUGUUACUUUUACGCCAGAUGUAAUGGGACGUGUGUCUUUUGCCUUCCAAAAUGUUAAACUUUUGUCUCUUUAGUGGCAGUGGUUUUCGUCUUGGAACUCUGCCAUGCAGGCCAUUUUUGCCCAGUGUCUUUCUUACGGUGGUCAUGAACACUGACCUUAACUGAGGUGAGGCCUGCAGUUCUUUGGAUGUUGAUGUGGGCUCUUUUGUAACCUCUUGGAUGAGUCGUCGCUGCGCUCUUGGGGUAAUUUUGGUCAGCCGGCCACUCCUGGCAAAGUUCACUACUACUAAUAUUUAAAUUUGUUUGAUGAUGGGAAACAUUUAAGUGUGACAAACAUGCCAAAAAACCAAGAAAUCAGGAGGGGGGCUAACACUUUUUUCCACCACUAUUUCAGGCAGCGCAUAGUUUCCAUCAUCCCACCGUUUGAGUAUUAUUACUUUUGACAGGGGCUUCUCCACUGGAUGUUUCCACUCAAAUGCUUAACAUAAAUGAGUACUGUAACCCCCUUUGAAAAUGUAUCUUUGUAUCCAUUUCUCCAGAAAAUGUGUUGUGUACUCAUUUAUGUCAAGCACUGUAAGUGAUGCAGUCCUCUUCAUGUUUGUUGUCCUCAACACCAUGAGAGAGUUUAGAGCAAAUAAAGGUUUUGAAAUGUGUGGGCACAAACCAAGAAUUUCAUCACCAGUCUCUUGGCCUGGUGUUGAUUUCAAACCCGUAAAGCAUGA